UUUGUGCCCGGCUGCGAACGGCAGUUGGAGCAAAUUUUCGGCGAAGACGUUGGUACCUGAACGGCCGGUGGAAGAGGAGGAGGAGGCGGAGGCUCCUCCAUCAACAUGCCGGUGAAAAGCACAGGACCUCGUCGUGAAAAUUGCCGCUCACUCGAAAUAGGAAGCGGUCGGUGUCAGUCAGCCGCUUGUUAGUAGCCCCCCCCCCCCCCCGCCUUUGCCUUAGGCCGCCCCCUGUCAGAGCUGCUGGGCUCCACGUUAUCAUCACUAUUUAUUAUGAAUUGAAGGGAUCUGUACUUAUAAAGACUUAAAGAUCGUCUCAACUAACCCGGUCUCAUUGGGGAAUCGUCUGGCUCUGUGUCUCCUGAACGCCACCUCCCCACGCAGCCCCUUGUCCCACUGUGAUGUACUUUGGGCAAAGAUGCCCCCGCGUUGUGACCGGUUUGUUAACGGGCAGAGUUGAGUGAUGUACCCACGCUUUUAUUUGGCAACAAUAGGGCUUGAGUAAUUGUCAUUAAAAAUGAAGAAAAUACUCCGUUUUGCAAAGAAAAAGAGAAAAUUUUCGCCCAAUGCCUCAGACACUGCGAGUGUGGCCUCAGCAGGGUAUGAGCUGAGAGAGAAGGAUUUGGGAAAGCUGCACAAAGCUGCUUCUACCGGUGACUUAACUAAGCUGCGGCAGCUCAUUAAGAAAAAUGAUGUAAAUCAACUGGAUAAAGAGAACAGGGCACCAUUGCAUCUUGCAUGUGCAAGUGGUCAUGUAGAGGCAGUUACUUUCCUUGUGGAACAUAAAUCAAAACUAAAUAUCUGUGACAAUGAUAACCGUUCCCCUUUGAUGAAGGCAGUACAGUGCCAACAAGAGCGUUGUGCAAUCAUUUUAUUGGACCAUAAUGCUGAUCCUAACCUUGUGGACAUUAAUGGAAAUACUGCCCUGCAUCUUGCUGCUCUGAUCCCUAACAUCUCUUUGGUAAUGCAUUUAAUAGAGCGAGAAGCACACAUGAAUGCUCGAAAUAAGGAUGGUAACACACCUUUGCUGUUGGCUGCAAUUGAAAAUCAUCAGGAAAUAGUAGAACUCUUGCUUAAAGAAGGAGCAGAUGUCAAUGCCAAGGACAAAACUGGGAGAACUGCCUUGAUGAUUGCUGCGAGUAAUGGACAAAUUAGUUUGGUUAAGUUACUUCUACAUUACAAUGCCGAUGUUUCUUUAAAAGAAGAUAAAGGAUGGACAGCUGAAGAUCAUGCAAUGAUGAAUGGACACCAUGCUUGUUCACAUUUAAUAUCUGAACAUGAUACGAGAAAGAAACUUUUUCAGUCACCAUAUUAUGGACCAAACAAAAUUAAAGGAAACCAUGCUGCUGAAGCAAGUUUUGCACUUGGAGGACCAGCCACUGACAAAGACGAGUUUCAGGAGUCUCCUGAACAGAAGUGGCGAACCAGUGAUUCUGAGAAAGUAACAGAUGAUGCAUCUCAGACAGAAUCAGUCAGUAGGGCCUCAAAAGGUGCAGGUGACUCAUGGCUAUCUUCAAAUGAAGAUGAGGAACUGCAAUUUAACUCCAAGGUACCACAGAAGCUUAGCUUGACUAAGUUGCUAAAUACUUCCCAACAAAGUAAAGAUAAUGCAGAAAAGACUAACUUUUGCAAAGUCCGGCAUACAGACAAUUUGCAUCCAGUCGAAUCAGAUAUAGAAAGUGAGGAAGAGUCGGAAGAAGAUAGUCGUGAUGAAGAAGAAAUUAAUGAUAACUGCUCACCUCUACAGCCUUCACCACAAUCAAAGACACCUUUACUUGCUUCCCCUCAAACAGCUAUGCCUUCAUCCAGCUCAUUAAUAAAAACUCAAUCAAAUUCUACCCCUUUUAAAGGCUGCAAGCAGGACAGAUCCUCAGAAGAAGAGACAUGGCCUGUUGAAAUAUGUUCACCAAACUCCAGAGUUGCAGCAAAUGAACCUGCUAACCUUGAUGAAACUUCCACAUAUAGUGCUCAGGCAGAAGAUACUUCCCAACAAAAGAAUAGAAGAGACCUGAUGUUUGAAUUGGGCUUGGAAGAAGUGGAACCUGAAGACAAUGUAGAAUCUCCUUGGGAUUCUGAGUCUACCACAGAAAGUCCACAGAAGAAAUCCAUUGGCUCACUUGCUUCAUCUGUCAAGGAACAACCAAAAGUGCAACAUACUCCAGCAAAUCAGAAUAACGAAAUAUUGGAAUCGAAUACUGUUGUACAGCCACCAUUAACCUUUGAAGGAAAUAAGCAGAAGUCAGAUCUAGUUGCAGAGCUUGGAUUAAUUGAUGCAGGGGAUAUAGAAGAUGUCUCAGACUGGGACUCUUUCAGUGCUUCAGGCAAAAAUGUAUCACCCUACCUGUUUAGUUCUGUGCCACAAGUGCAUCAAGUUACGAAUGCUGACAAAUCAACACUACCCCCAUUCGAAUCACCAAAGAGCCUCGUAAGCAAACUGAAGUCAAAUUCUGAAGAGACCACGUGUGUUUACAGAACAUCACUGUCACCUGAUUUAUCGAAAACUAAAUUGACUGCACAUCCUUUAAUGCAAUAUCAAAGUUCUCCAGAGCCUGAACUCAAAAAUACUCCGUCAGUUAAAUUGGAAAAUAAAAAUGAGUCCGAUCUGAAAAUAUCUCUAUUGAAAGAUGAAGAUAAUGAAAAAGAGAACUAUGACUGGAAUAUGGAGAAGGUUGAAGAAGAAAAAAAUAAACAUUUUCAAAAUCAAGAAAGAAACAACUAUGAUAAAUUAGGUAAUUCUGAAUUAGAGGAAAAUGAGAACAACUGGAGCAUAAAGCAAAACAUACCACAUGAGAAAUCUAUCCAACACCAAAAUAAUGAAAGAUUAGAUUUGAAGUUGGCUCAGGAGCAUGGCGAUUCAUUGAAACAGUUACAAACCAAUGUAACUUCAAAGUUGGACAAAGAAAAGCAAAGGCAAAACUUGAUUAAUAAAGACAGAAAACCUGUUUUCAAAGGGACUGUCUUGGGCACAGAUGAGGAGAAUUAUGAAAGUCAUCAAUGUAAUCAGCCAAAGCAAGCUGAUCAAGAAUUGAAAAGCAUUGAGAGACUGGUCAGACUACAACAGACACCUGCAAUGAAUGGGGAUGACUUAUCUGUCUUUGACAGUACUACAAGCGAGAUGUCUCAAGAUGAAGUGAGACCUUCGAAGUCUUCUGCAAGUAAAAAGUUCACUAGACCAGUAAAUAUUUCUGAUGAUCUGGAUGAUCUUACACAGUCCUCUGAUACUGGUACAGAUGGGUCAGAAUCCCCUAGUUCUGCAUAUAAGAAUACCCCACUGUUUAUUGCACAGCUGGAUACAGAGGCAAUAGACUCCAUAAGUUUAUUGAAAAUCCAAAAUCUGGUUCAUGAAUAUGAGCGAGCAGUUGAACGGGAAAAGAAACGUUAUGCCUUACUUUCAGAAAAAGUAAAAUAUCUGGAAAAUGAACGGAAAGAACUCUAUCAAGCACUGGACAAAACUAAAGAAAUGAAAUCCAAACUGGAGUGUCAGAAAAUGGAGAGAGAUACUGACUUUAAUAGUGUCAAAUUUAGUCUGAAACAAGAGGAAGAAAAACGGAAGAUUGCAGAAAUAUUAUAUGAAAAGAGCCGUGAGCAACUCCAAAAAAAGGAAUUGCAGUACUGUGAGGAGCUGAAAGCAAAACAAGAAUUGGAACUAAUAAUAAGAAACAUGGAAAUGGAAAGGAAAUCAUUGAUCAACAACAUAGAACAGCUUCAUGAAGAUCAUAAUGAAUUACAACAGCAAUUCAACCGGGAACAAUCUAUUCACAGAGAAAUCGUCAACGGCCAUCUGCACAGAAAUCAUGAAAUAGAAGAGGAAGAUAAGAAGGCAUUAAAAAAUGCAGAGGUUGUUACUCACCUUUGUGAUGUUAAUGACAACGAAAAAGAUGUGAUGCUGCAAAAUCAUUCACUGCAAAAUGAAAUUGCUGUACUUAAACUAGAAUUGGUUCGUGUCCGUGAACGGAAUCAGGAAGAACAGGGAAAGUACAUGGAGCAGAUUGAGGCUUUGAAAGAAAAGCUAGAUGACACAAAAAAAGAUUUGAAGUUUAACGAAGAAGCUUUAACUCACACUGCUUUGCAGUAUAAUAGUCAACUGAAUUCAUUGAAGACUGAAAUUUCAAUGUUAACUUCCAAGCUGGAACAUGAGAAGCAAAAUAAAGAAAAACUAGAGACUGAGACGGAAGCUAUCCGUUCACAGUUAAGUAUAGCACUUAAGGAACUAGAACGGAGUCAGGCAGCUAAAUGUGAAUCUGAACAAAUUCUUCAAAGGGAGCAUGAUGAAUGGCACCAUUCAGACGAAAAACGAAACUAUGAAAUUUCCAGUCUCCGUGAGAGUAAUAACAGCUUGUCGCAAAAAUUAAGUAAAGAGGAAGCAAAAGCCAAUAAGUUAGAUAGCGAACUUCAUCGUGCAACACUUUCUCUUGCUGAAAAAAACCUUAUGUUGGAGAGUGUUCAGAGAAACUUGAAUCAAUCUCAGGCUCGCAUAAAUGACCUAGAACACACCAAUCAAUUGCAAAAAGAACAGAUAAGCAAAUUUACAGUUCGUCAGGAGUCUAUGCAAGAGAGAUUGGCACAAGCCCAAAGUGAAAUCAUGCUGUUGCGGCAGCAGCUCGAAGAUGCACAAAACAAAGGUAUUAUGAAGGAAAAAGCAGUCACUGAUGUUCAGGACCGCUUCAAUGACAUAUUUUCUAAACUUCGAAAAGAUGGUGAACGGCAGAUAUGUUUGGUGGAAGAGAGGAAUAAGGAACUAGUGAGCAAGACUAUUGAACAAAGAGAACAAAUCUGCAAGUUUGAAAAUGAGAAGAUAGAGCGAGAGACUACAUUGAGGCAGCUUCAACAAGAACUUGCUGAUGCACUAAAGAAACUUUCAAUGUCAGAGGCCUCACUGGAAGUAACUACGCGCUAUCGCAAUGAAACUGAAGAAGAGAAAAUACGUAUGCAGAACCAAUUGGAGAAGCUUAAAAUGGAGCUGCAGGGGAUGCGAGAUGGGUGCAUGCAGUCAGAGAGGAAAAUCCAUCACCUACAGAAUAUCCUGGAUGAUAAAGAACGUGAUUUGAUUACAGUUUCCCAGAAAAUGCAAGAUGCUUUGUCAACUUCUUCACAGACAAAGGAAGCUGCAAAGCAACUUGAAGAACAUAUACAACGGUUAGAGAUUGAAAAUGCAAAAUUGGAAUCUAUGGCAAAACAGCAGGCAAACAAAUCUGAAGUGAUGGAGAAGGAACUUCAGGAUACUGUGUCAGUCCGCACUCGUCUAGAAGAUUUGAUAACAAGUUUACAAGGAGUAAAAGUUAACUUGGAAGAUCAACUCGGUCAAGAGGUACAAAAACAAACAAUGUUGUCACAAAGUGUGAAAGAUUCACAUCAACUGUGGGAAGAGGAAUUGAAAACACGAUCUAAGCUUGGACUUCGAAUUUCUCAGUUGGAUAGAGAAAAAGAUGAUUUGGCAGGGCAGGUUGAAAGUGAAAGGAAAAAAGUAAAGAAGCUUAUAGAAUUAAAAAGAUCAGUAGAAACUAGACUGGCUCAGGAAAUGAAAAGAAACAAUGAGCUUCAGAAAGAACUAAACCGAAUAAGAUCAUUGUUGAAGACUGCCAAAAAGAAAUUAAAGGAUUAUGAGAAUGGACAAAUUGUCAGUCAACUGGGUGGUAUUCAAGAACUGCAUCAUGGACACUCUGAAUCUGAAACCACUCUUAACAGACUGAAGACAAAGGUUGAAGAGUUAUCCCAGCAGUUGGAAACUGAAGCUGCUAAGGGUAGGCAUUUGGAAUCAACCAAUCAAGAACUUUCUGCACAGGUUGCAUCAAUGAAAAUUUUACAGAAAAACCAAGAUCGGCUAGAAAAGAGAAAACAUCAGCUAGAGGAAGAAGUAGUCAGUCUGAAACAUCAGAUUGAAACUAAUUUGAUAAACUACAGUCACAUAGAACAAUACAAGAGGGACAUAGAGGAACAUGCUCGCAAGGAAAUCAAGCAGAAGCUAGAAGAAGUCAAUUUAUUCUUACAGACUCAACAAGCCUCCCAAGAAGCUUUGGAACAAUUGAGAGCCACAAAUGAAAGCACAAUUAGAAGUCAAUUGGACCAGAGAAUAAAAGACCUGGAAUUAGAGCUCAAUAAACUUCGAACUUCACAACAAGACAGCAUUAAUCUGAAAGAUUCCGCACAGUUGGAACUUGAAAGAUACAAAGAAUUGUAUUCAGAAGAAUUAAAAUUACGUAAAUCCCUUGCAGCCAAACUUGACAGAGCAAAUGAGAGGUUAGCAGAAACCAAUACUAAGCUACUAAAUGAGCGUCAACGUAGUAAAUCCUUAAUUGCUAACAGCAUUAUGAAUGGAAGCUUCAAUGUAACUCCUGCUCUAGAGAUGGGUCAACUGCAAAGCACAAUGGGUAAUGUCGGUAACCUGGGAACUUUCAACAGAAAUCUAGGAAAUAGCUUCUUAAAUCCAAUUGAAGAUGGAAUGUCCUCUACCAACAAAGUAGAGUCAUAUCUGGCUAAGAUGCAGGAAGCAUUGCAAAAAAAUAUUUCCAAAGAACUUGUUCAAGCCACUGCUGAUUUGGAAAAAGAAUCUACACGGGUCUCGCCUCUUGGAUCAGCUGCUGGCUCACUUAAGAGUAUAAACCAAGACCAAGAUCCUGUCACUAGAGCCACAGAACAAUACCUGGAGGUUCUCAAGAAAAAUUACAUGCUUUGAGUUGUGUUGUGCCCCUAUUUAAAAGUAUUCCAUGAACUUUCCACACAGAAGUGGAUCAAAAUAACAGUUCUCCUGAAAAAUCUGUCCAAUUUCAAAAUUAUGCGAAUACAAAAUGCUGUUUAGUGAUAACAUUCCAUGGAUUUGAUUAACCUAUUGUAAACGCAUGGAAGGUUAUUUUACAGCAUAUAGAUUUCUUUAACUAUAUUUGCUCAGGAGGAAAUUUGUAUAUCAAUUUAAAAUUAUUGUACAGAGUCUAUUCAUAUUUUAUUUGUUGGAAGUGACAUUUGACCAAACCAAUUCUAAUAGUGUGAUUUAGGGACUGCAAUCUCCCUGCAUUGAUGUCUUACAGCGAUUGAACGAGUUCCAAUUAAUGGAACAUUCCAUAAUUCGAAUUAAUGUUUUAUGAAAUUGCACAAGAUAAAAGCAUUUUAUCAAACUACAUUUUUGCCACACACUGUUUAAAAAGUUGGCUGUUUGUGAAUAUUAGCUUGGUUAAAAUGUCCACUGUGGUAAUGUCUAUUUUGCAGUGAUACAGUAUUGUAUGAUAGAUUAUUGUCAAAUAGUGCCAAGACUUUUUAAUGUGUGUUUUGGUACGUACAGUAAAGCCAUUACCAUUUAUGCUGAAA